CUCUCUUCCGCACAAGACUCUCCAGUGAUUGAGUCAGUAAAUAGUGACUCACCAUGCUGCUAGAUAAAGAUAAUAGGCGCCCCGGAUAGUGCAAUCUGGGGUAUCCAUCUCCUCCCGGACUCUCACAUAUCUGAACUUGAAGGGAGGGCUCGCUCGACUCUCGAUGGCAGCACCACAGAACAAGAACAUCGUCGUCCUCGGCGCAGGGGUGGUAGGGUUGACCACAGCGCUGAAGCUGCAGGAGAAGGGCGGCUACGCGGUGACCGUCAUCGCGGAAAUCUUCCCUAACGAUCCCCUCUCGAUCAAGUACACCAGCAACUGGGCUGGUGCCCAUCAUGUCAGUCUGUGCGGGGACGAUGAGCGCCAGAAGAAAAUGGACCGCGAGACAUUCGACGUGAUGUGGAACCUCUCUGCACCUGGCGGCGCCGCGGAGGGCUGCUUCCUGCGCAUUCCGCAGACCGAGAUGUACCAUCAGCAGCAUCGUCAGCCCCACGAGCUUGAGGAGUGGAUGCCCAACUUCAAAUACCUCCCCAAGGAAUCCCUCGUCGGCGGCACCGUCUCCGGCGUCUCCUUCGACACCCUCACCAUCGAUACACCGAGGUACCUCGCCUACCUCCUCGCCCGCUUCCUCGCUGCCGGCGGAGCCAUCCAGCGCGCCUCGGUCAACCAUAUCGCAGAAGUUAUCGAGGGCGGCGCGGGUAUAUAUGGGCCUUCGAGGAAGCCCACCCCGCCCGACGCCCUCCUCGUCUGCCCCGGCCUCGGCGCGCGCACGCUCGGCGGCGUCAACGACACGCGCAUGUUCCCCAUCCGCGGGCAGACGCUCCUCAUCCGCGCCCCGUGGGUGCGUUUCGGGCGUACCAUUUCGAGCAAGGACGGAUUGUGGACAUAUAUUAUUCCGAGGCGGAGUGGGGAUGUCAUCGUCGGCGGCACGAAGAUCGUCGACGACUACUACCCCGCCCCGCGGCCCGAGACGGCAGAGGAUAUCCUCAAGCGCGGCUUCGAGCUCUGCCCCGAGCUCGCGCCGCCGGAGAUUCGCGCUCAACGCACGCCCACCAUCGACGACGUCCGGCCGCUCAUCCUCAUGAACGGCUGCGGCCUGCGCCCCGCCCGCGCCGGCGGCAUCCGCCUCGAGACGGAGUGGGUGGACGCGCCGAAGGGGGCGAACGUUGGCGUGGAGGGCAAGACGCCGGUGGUGUUUAAUUAUGGCCACGCCGGCUAUGGCUUCCAGUCUUCCUGGGGCUCCGCGAGCAUCGCGGUCGGGCUGCUCGAGAAGGCGCUCGCGGAGGGGCCAAGCUCCCAGCCUCCCGCCAUUGCGUCCACCACCCAGGCCGACGAGGACAAGAAGCACCUCGCGCAGCAUAGCUGGUGAACAGCCCUUGCUGUAGAUCCAUUGAGUGACCUGGCACAAAUCCGACUUCGCUAGGGAGGUUGCGAAUGUAAAGCUAGGGAGGCCGCAGAUGCAGAAUAAGCAUGUCAAUUUUUCCGGGUCCAGCAAGCCCAACCGACCAGCGUGUGCGUAUCAACAUGUAAGAAAUAGAAUGUACAAUCCUUCGCAUACGCGAGUGAGAUCCGCUUUUGUAUGUAUAUGUACAUGGGGGAAAUACAGCAGGCUACCGUGGAGUCCUGGGUA